AAUGUUUGUAGGUUAUGUUUAUUUGUUUGUGCAAUUUGAGCAAUUUUUCUUUUAAAUUAGCACUUAUUUAAAAUGUAACUCCUUUUAAAACAAUGAGACUUUAUACAGUUUUACAACUGGGAAUAUUGCUGUCUAUAGCUUUGGUUAUUUUUUAUUUGUACAGUAUUAGAUUAAUAAAUUCCGCUGAUAUAGACGUUGAAGAUGAGUUCGAAGAAAUCGACGAUCUCGCCACAACGGAACCAGUGUCUUUUAAAAAGACGGAUAUUGUGGUUGCAGUGGUUGCUUGCGGAGACAGGCUGUUCGAGACACUUAACAUGCUCAAGUCAGCCCUAAUGUUUAGCAAGAAAAAGUUGAAUUUUAUUGUCGUCGCCGAGGAGAGGUUGAUCGAUAGUUUUAAUGAAAAGUUAGGCGAAUGGAAGACUUUUACGAACAACGGAUUUACUUUUAAAGUGCUACCUCUCACCUUUCCAUCCGACAAUCCUUUGGAGUGGAAGAAACUGUUCAAGCCUUGCGCUGCUCAAAGACUAUUCUUGCCAAAUCUUUUAGAAAACGUCGAUUCGGUUUUGUACAUGGACACAGACACGUUAUUUUUGACGCCGGUAGAAACGGUUUGGGAGCAUUUCUACAAGUUUAAUUCUAGUCAAAUGGCUGCCCUAGCGUCGGAACACGAGGACCCCAACGUUGGUUGGUACAACAGAUUUGCCAAGCAUCCUUAUUACGGAAAAUUAGGUGUAAACUCCGGCGUCAUGCUGAUGAACUUAACUCGAAUGAGGGCCUUCCAAUGGAAGGAUUACGUUGUUCCUAUUUAUAAUAAAUAUAAAUUAAAGAUUACAUGGGGAGACCAGGAUAUUAUAAAUAUAAUAUUUCAUUAUCAUCCAGACAAGCUUUUUAUAUAUUCCUGCCGAUUCAAUUAUCGUCCCGAUCAUUGCAUGUAUACAAGCGUAUGUAAACAAGCGGAAAACGAAGGAGUAGCGGUCAUUCAUGGUUCGAGAGGAUUCUUCCAUUCUAAAAAGCAACCGAUAUUUCAAGCCGUGUACAAAUCGUUCGAAGAGUUUCAGCUGGGAGGCGACAUAUACAAAGAAUUCUAUCAGCCAUUGGAAGUGUACUUAGAUAGCGUCCAAAACAAUAAUUGCGGUAAUGUUAAGGAUAUAUUCCUUAAAAACAUCCGUAAAUAUAUGGAUUUCGACGUUGAUACUAAAAAAUGAACGUGCCAUUAUGAGCUCUAAUAAAGAUUUACUUAUUGUUGUAUUAGUAUUAAAAUGCAUUAUUGAGUUUAGCCGGUAUUAUUAAGUAAAUAUGAGGCUAAUAUUAUGUGUAAGAUUGCGCUUGAGUUUUUUAAGUAUUUUGAAUUGAUGUGCUUUUAAAUAUUCGUACCUGCAAAGAAAUUGUGCAAUAUCAUGAACAAUUUAUUAAUGUCACGAAAUUUAUUUUGUAUUUUUUUUUAAUUUCUCGUACUAAAUAUUUAGUGAUAUUAGUUGAUGUAUAAAUGGAGUUCCUUUAAAUAAUAAAAAUGUUAAUUUUAGAAACGAAAAUGUUGAAAAACCGGUUUUAAAAUAUGAAUCCCGUAAUAAAAUUUGCUUUCAAUAUGAUAUAUUCCAAUAGUUGUUAAGUAAAUGUCAUGAACAAUAUAAUAUAUAUUUUUAUAGCCUUGGGUGACAUAACUUUAAAUAAACGUUGUAU